AUGACAACCAGAAAACCAGCCAGCAAAGAUGGGCAUGUUCUCAUCAUCGGAGCGGGAGUGUUUGGGCUCACAACUGCUCUGGAACUGAAAAAGCGCGACUAUGCUCAUGUUACGGUUUUAGAUCGUCAUCUCCCGCCAGUUCUUGAUGGGAGUAGUGUCGAUAUUUCGCGAGUAAUCCGCACCGACUACGCGGAUCCUCUCUACGGACAAAUGGCGAGAGAAGCGUAUGACGGCUGGAUGGGCGAGUUCAAAAAUUACUACCAUCACUCGGGCUUUGUGAUGCUCGCGAAUCAGCCUGGGCAUGCAUACCUCGAAAAGAGCAAAGAGCUCAACGAAGCCUUGGGGCAACCACUAGACGUAUUUAACCAAGCUAGCGAUGUUCUUCAACUUUACCCAAAUAUUCAGGCCAACUUGAGGGGACUCAAGGCAUACCAUAACCACAAGGGAGGGUGGGCGGACGCUAGCGCCAGUAUUCGUCACUUGAGCUUGGAAUGCAGUCGCCUUGGUGUUUCUUUCAUUACGGGUUCUCGAGGGACUGUUGUGUCUCUCAAAUAUGCUGGAAAGCGUGUAGUCGGCGUCAAUGUUGCACAUGGUGAUCCGAUCCGGGCAUCACAGGUCAUCAUUGCAGCUGGUGCCUGGUCAAACACCUUGAUUCCCAUAACUCAUGCGACAACUGCGUCUGGCCAGCCUGUGGGAUUCAUUCAAUUGACGAGCAAAGAGUCAGACGAGUUGAAAGACACACCAGUCAUAAUUAACCUCAGUACCGGCAUGUUCUGCUUCCCUCCGACCCCUCAGAGUAACAUUCUCAAGCUUGCUCGACACGGUUAUGGCUGGGCUACACAACAGGAAGGAGGUGCAGAUGAAUCAGGAAGGUCUCAAUUGGUGUCAGCCCCUAAGCGCGAUGGAAACAAUGUGGACGCCUCAUACCUCCCGGUAGAUGCCGAAGAGGCUCUACGUGAGGGACUCCGGCAGCUGCUGCCUAAAUUUGCGAACCAUCCAUGGAUGAACCGUCGAUUAUGCUGGUACUCGGAUACUCGACAAGGUGAUUUCAUCAUUGACCACCAUCCUCGAAUUGAGGGCUUGUUCCUAGCUACUGGUGGUGCGGGACAGUAA